CUCCAGUGUGACUUCCAAUUAACUAGUUUUGUCAUAUUAUUCCGGUAAUACUAAAUUAUUUGCAGUUAAAACGAGGCCAUGUCGUUCUCUUGGCCUCCGGUGUUGCUAAUUGUACUAACAGUGGGUUUUUUGCAAUACGGCGAUUCGUGUGUACGUGAAUCAUAUGCAGAAAAAAAAACUAGAGAACACUAUCAACAAUUGCUCGAUAUAGAUACGGGAUACACUCACGAUGAAUUGAAAGAGAACUAUAAUAAAAUGAAGUUGCCUUUUUCAUGGUCAGUGGUGGAACCGAGUGAUGUUACAGAAGUUUACAAAAGACUCCUGUGUAGUUAUGUGUUGCAUUGUGGUCAUUAUAUGAAUUUGAUCGAACCACUGUUGACCAAAGAAGGUAAGGAUGCGUUACAGGGUCUUAUUAACGACAAGAAAGAAUGCGUGUUUUCAUUCGAAGAAGAGGUGAUCGACAUGUUAAACUUUUUAUAUAAUUUCGGUUAUAUCGAUUCUAUCGAUCCGUUAUGGUCCGUGUCCUUGUAUUCGAGAAGUUUGGGCUCACAAGACAUAAAGGAUAUAUUAAACGACGAAGAUACACGAAUCCGACUUUUGAGUGAUCACAAAAAAGUUUCCAUCCAACUUGCAAAAUUCACUGGACAACAAUGCCAGUUUGGAGAUGAUAAUAACAAGUAUGACGACAAGAACGUUAAUUCUGAAUAUUUUAAAUCUCUGCAAGAACUCCGUGCUAUUCCAAAAAUAUCGCACGAGACAAUCAAUGCCUCUGUGGUCGAACUCAAGCAGACAAUCAAAGAUAGAUUUUAUAAUUUAACUCAAUGUAUGACCAUCGUAGAUUGUACAUCGUACUUCAGAUUUGAUCAUUUGCUUUUGACAUCUAAAAUAAAAGACUCUGUUUUGAGACAAUUAUUAAACGACUUUGCAGAAAUUACCGACCAAUUGGAACAAGAAAGUAUAUACCGUCUAAUAAAUGAUAAAUGCUCCAAAAAGCUUGACUUUAAAUCUUUUGGGGCACUGACCAACGACGUUGCGGAAUGCCAAGGUAUUUUAGUGAAUGUUAUAAGAUAUGUCAUACAUUACACCUCGUGGAAACACAUACACCGUCAUACGAUGAAAUUCAAUGGCUUGGGUCUUUUAUGUAUGUUGCUAGUUAGCUCUUUGAAUGUCGUUUCGGGACAUGAAUGUCUUAGUUUAGAACCUGUGAAAGAUUUCGAUAUGAAAAAAAAAAUCGAUGAUAUGGCAGAUCAUGAAGCUAAAUCCGAUUACAAAUUCAUGUUUGGAGCAUUGGAAGCCAAUACAAAUUCACCAUCACAAUUGACUUUUACCGAUCUUAGAAUUGAUUACUCAAAUCCUGCAAACAAGAAACCGUCUAUGGUUGUGUUCAACACUAACUAUGAAUCCUAUGCGGGUGUAUACUUGUUUUCAAGUGUAUUUAAUGGUCAUAUAACACCAGAAGAUCUUAAAUUCAUAAACGUUGACCACGCGGACUGCAACUAUGAGAAUAGUAAUGAUCAGAAAGUCAUUAACGAAGAUGGGGUAGUUUACAUAUCUAUCAAAUGGCUACCAUUUGUUGUACCUGCACCUUAA